AUGAAAGUAAGAAAAUAUAGCGGACUCAGUCAAAAUUUGCUUUUUAUACAAGGGGGCGGCAAAAUAGAGCGGUCGGGGUGUCCUGGGAUCUGUGGCCCGCAGGCCGCGACCACAUCAACCCUGUCUUUCUCAAGCUUCCGAAACUCUUUCACCACCAAUGUUAAUUACCUGAAACGAAGCUCAGUGGAGGCGUUGCGCAGAUUCAGCUCGGGGGACCUGCAGUCCGAGUGUGAUGAGGGCGAGGUGGACCCCUACACCGGCCGCCCGGCUACUACCAGUCAACCAAAGCCGCAGAAUCAAAGGCCGGCCUCCCAGGCCACCGGGGGCAGCAUCGGCAGCGCAUCAGGCCCUCCUCCAGCGCCGUCAGCUACGGCAGCAGCGGCGGCGGCGGGUGGCGGCGACCUGUCGCUCAACCUGCGGGGAGGAUCGCGCGGCACGUCCGCGCCCUCCUCCCCCGCGAAGUCCCGCGAGUCUCUCCUUCAACGAGUACAAUCGCUCACCGGCGCCGCAAGAGAUCAAGGCGCCAAUUUAUUAGGGAGUGUGACGUCUGUGGCUUCGGUGGGUCGUGGCUAUAACCGGGACCGAUGCGUGACGCUGCUUGUCGUGGAUGACCAGAACACCGACUGGUCUAAGUACUUCCGCGGCCGUCGUCUGCCCGGCGAGUGGGACAUCCGUGUCGAACAAGCUGAAUUCAGGGAAUUGACUGUGACUGCGAAUUCUGAUGGAGCCAACGUUUCUAUGGCCGUUUAUCGCAGCGGCACUAAAGUCACCAGAUGCUUCAAGCCGGACUUCGUGUUGGUGAGGCAGAACGUGCGCGACGCCGGCGCUGACCACCGAGCGCUGCUCCUCGGCCUCAAGUUCGGCGGAGUCCCGGCCAUCAACAGCCUCAACUCCAUUUACCACUUCCAGGACCGGCCUUGGGUGUUCGGCCAUCUUCUCCAGUUACAACGGCGCCUCGGCAGAGAAAACUUCCCGUUGAUCGAGCAAACUUACUACCAUAAUCACACCGAUAUGGUCACGGCGCCCAAGUUCCCGGUGGUGAUCAAGAUAGGGCACGCGCACUCCGGCGUCGCCAAGGUGAAAGUGGACUCCCUGGCUGACUUCCAGGACAUCGCCGGGGUCGUGGCUAUGCUGGGCACCUACUGCACGGUGGAGCCAUACAUCGAUGCAAAAUACGACAUCCACAUACAAAAAAUCGGCACUAACUACAAGGCCUUCAUGCGCAAAUCUAUAUCGGGAAAUUGGAAAACUAAUCAGGGAUCUGCGAUGCUUGAAGCUAUCGGGAUGAACGAUAGAUACAAGAUGUGGAUCGAUGAGGUAAGCGAGAUAUUUGGAGGUCUGGAAGUCUGCGCUUUGGAGCUGGUGGUAGGCAAGGAUGGUCGUGAGCACAUCAUCGAGCUGAAUGACUCCGCUACUUCUUUCAUGGGAGACACACAAGAGGAAGACCGCCGCCAUCUUGCUGAACUUGUGUUGCAGCGUAUGCAGGCGGUAUGUCGCCCCGGCAUAACGAAGACUACGUCACGGAGCUCAGUAUCUGGCAGUUCAGCGGCUGGCUCGCCGACGGAGGAGCGCGCUCCGCCAAUCGGCACUUCUGGGCCUCCGAGCGUGCCGCCGCCCGCACCGCUGGCGUCUGCUGCCAGUAUCGACCGCCCUCUGCCGCCAAUACCCGCCGAACCAUCGCAGCCACCACCCCCACCGCUCACUCGUCGUGAUUCACAGGCAUCUCAAUCAUCCACGGUGUCUUCGGUAUCAGCUGCGCCAAGUACUGCGAGCAGCACCGCGCCAGCGGCCGCUGCGCCCAACUCGGGCUCGGCCUCUGGUCGCGGUGGUUUCGCACGCCAGGGCUCACUCAGCGCCACGCUCACAGAAGACGCCGAAGAUACAAUGAAGAAUCUACGCAAAACAUUCGCCGGAAUAUUCGGCGACAUGUAAAACGUAUCAAUUACCGAACUAACGGACAAUAGACGAUGUACUGGAACCAACUAAAAUAUUACCAUAAUACAAUUUCUCAGAACCAAAUUAAGGCACCCUUAUGCAUCCUGCAACGUAAUUAAACGUUCGCUACACGUCUGUUGCCCGCAGCAAUAACCACUAGUAAAGUACUCAUGUUAUUUAACAGUGUAUUCGAUGUAGGAAUAAGUUUUGAAUAAAACAAAAUUACUUGUAAAACAUACAAAUUAAACAUCUGGACAAGACUUGGCUUCUAAUAAGAUGUGAUCGAAAAUCAGAAUGUGUUUAUGUUGUUCUAAGAUGCGGACGUCCCAGCCAAGUACAACUGUUUGAAGGGACCAUCCCUCAGAGAGUGUUAAGCACAUCCAUGUACGAAACAGGAUUCUAAGCAUAGUUUAAUGUAUGAUAACGAUAGAUUUUUACAAUAAGUUUAAGUACGAAUCAACUGAGCUGCAUUGUGAUCGAACCCGUUCGGCAACCGCGAGGCGCGCGGCCUCGGCGUAGUAGUGUUUCUCUAUCUCCUACUCUUCUACACUCGCUGCACCUUCGUAAGACCAGUAUAUGAUGGGCUAAUGUUAACACUAUUCUAUAUUAAUAGUUGUUGUGAAAGACAAAUAUUAUAAAGCAAUAAAUGGAGAUAUGUGGAGACGGCGACGUGUAAUGAUUCUUCAAAAUUAUUUAUUUAUAACUUACAAUUCGGAAUUUGAAUGAACAAUAAAAUGUUCUAAAAAUUGGAUGCUGGAUAUAAUCACUUUGUAUCAGCAUUAAAAAGAUCUUACUCCGUCGUCCUGUUAGAUCUUAAAUUGUUGGCAAUUGGGAUAUGAGCAAUGCUAUUGAAGACAAUAUUGUUAAUCGCAAGAAUUGAUCCACAUUUUAUAUAUACCUUAUUACUAGUUAUAUUUCAUAGUGUUAAGAAUCUUGUUACUCAUAUGUACAUCUUCGUCUGUGUGAAUCACGCUUCGUGUAUUAGUUAUCGACAAAUCAAUAUACUUUAUGCUACUUUGUCAUGAUAUUGUAUGUACAUGUGUAUGCUUUACCUACAUAUUGUAUGCACUCCAAUAUAUAUCAUGAUUAUUCUUAUUUGGAAUGGAUUAUGGAUAUUUAAUCAAGUCAUUAGAUUGUUGGGUGUGUGUCAACGAAGUGUGAUGGAUCGUCAUAUCAGAAUGACUGGGAGCGCACGUCGGCGAGUGCAUUAUGCUUCAAACUAUUCAAAGUUUAAAACUUUAAACAUUAUAGUAAUGUUAUACUUAUUCUUUAGCUAAUGCGAAGUAGACAUUUCAAUGUGUAGUUGAAAUAUAAUUUAAUCACACUUUCGUAGGACAUUUAUAAAUUAAAAUACCUAGUAAAUUUUAAGCGUUUUUAUAUAACAAACAGAUAAUAUUAUAACCAAGCCCACUUGUUAUCGUAGAUUUUACAACGAAAAUAGUUAUAUACGUAUACAAAUGUAAGUUAAAUGACUCAUUACGUUAAGGCAGUGGUAAUAGGAGCAGGCGUUAAGUUUGAGCAAAACAAUAGGUACCUGUGUUUAGUUCGUUACCUUUAUAAUAUUUGAUAACUUCGUUGUUGGCGCCCGGUACUGGCGGACCUGUAUAGUACCUAGGUUACGUUUAGCUAAAUAUAUAAUUUACUCGAUAGUCUGCACCGGUAGUUAGAUUUGACACGAAUCCUUAGUAUGGAUAGCCACGUAGAUACGUGUUACUAAGUACGUGUCUAUAAAUGCGCAAUUUUAUAUUACGAUGAUUAUUAAUUAAUUACAUACAUUUAUGUAUGUUCAAACUUGAUUCGAUUCCAUUACGUUAGAGUGGGUGUCAUCAGUUAGUACGAAGGUUUAAUUGUAAUUUAGAUAAGUAUAAUUUAUUUAAUUUGUAUCGUUUGAAGACUUUGACGUUUGUUAAUUGUUAAGAGUAUAGUAUAAACACUCAAAUUAAUAUAAAUGCUGUUGUUGUUGUUGCUAACAAGUUAUACAAAUAUGUACUCAAUAUGGGAAGAUGGAUCUUUUUAAGAUAGUCACGGUAAGGGCGCGGCCUGAAGAUUAAGGGCCCCUUUACCUAUUGAUCUUAUUAUCGUGGCUUAAUCUUCUAUAGGUAAUAAUAAUGGGCAUGGAGUGUCACGACUUUAUUAAAUCCAUUUCAACAGGAGAUAAAAAUACUCGGUCAUGCGCUUUUACCAAACGCGUUGGUAAAUGGACAAUCAAAUAAUAACGAAAUUUUUGCAAUUCUCGUGAUUGUGGCAUCCAUGCCCUAGUUCGGAUGGAAUAUGUUAAUGGAAUUUGAAUGCAUGUUAAUCUAUAUAAUAUGAAUAAUAAAUAAAUACCUCUUUUGGUAAGUCUAUACCGA